AUGCGUUACGGAUUGCCACGCUCAACUUCACCAUCUCCUGAACGGAGAUCUCGCAGACGCACCUCCACUUUCGGUCUCCCAUCUGAUACCGAAAGCGACUUCGAAGAGCCACCGACAGAUUCAGACUCAGAAUUAUCCUCCCCAAGCUCCCUUUCAUCAGACUCGUUUUGCUAUGAGUCUGAAUCACAAGUCCCGCCACCACUUCCCCGCCCAAAGCGCGAGCCACGCAGUUCAGCUGAACAGCGUCAUGCAGAGGACACAGUGGCUGCUAUCCGCUUACGCACACGAUACCAUGAUCCCUAUGAAGAAUGGGAGAAACAAACGCGCAAGGAUGCAUUCCACACAGCGCGCAAAGCACAAGUUCAGACGCGUUUAGAGACCCAAAAUCGGCGUACCCAGCGUAACACGCAGGAGCUGCAAUUAUUAGCAAAUAUGCACGCAGCGCAGCUCGCAGAAGUGCAGAAGCAGCUCGCAGCAUUGCAGGUGCGGCAACAAGCGGAAGUUAAUAGACUCGUAAGUAGUUGGCAGGAGCAAGAUAAGACAUUUCAUGGUAGGAUAGAGGGCGUUAUUCGCGUGGAAGAGGAGAGAUUACGUGCCAAACUCGAAGCUGAGCGCAAAGCGCGGGAAGAGGUGGAGAAAAAACGGAAGGAGGAAGAAGAGAGACGCAAAGUGGAGGAAGAGGUGAAGCGGAAAGAAGAGGAACAGGCACAAAGGCAGCGGGAGGCAGAAGCGGCUGCAAAACACCAAGAAGAAGAGAAAGAGCGUUUACGCAGGGAGAAGCUGGACGCCGAGGAACAGGGCAGGGCACAACUGGGAAUGUCAUUGGCCGAAGAGGAUUGGGUGCACGCUCGUGAAACUCUCAAGAAUCUUAAAGCCGGGCCAAUGAAGACAGUCAAGGGGAACAAGCCACUCAAAUCCCAAUGGAGCGCCAUUCGCCGACAGAUAACACCAAAGAUCGGACAACUAACACAAGACAUCGAUUCUGUCGCGCGAAUAACCCAACAACUCAUAGAUAUCAUUCGCCCGUCAGAACGACUUCCUCCAGAUAUUUACUUGGCUGCUCUAUCCUCGCUAGCAAAAGCCAUUCUUCUUCAAGCCGAAACAGAAGUCACAGCCGAAAAACGAAGCGCUAUACCGCUGGCCAUGGUCGCCGCAGGACUGCUAGGCACGCUGGAAGGCUUUCCGGAUAUUUUCUUCGCGAAGCUCGUGCAGCGGUCCGGAGGGUGGCCUGUACCGUCAGUAAUUCCUUCCACGGAUUCAGACGGUACUGCGUGGAACGAACUGGAGCGCACCAAGGCGAUGGGAUACCGGACGAAUGAUAACCAGAGAGAGACCUUGUCUGAUCAUGUUAUGCGCGUGUCUGGGAUAAUGCGUGUCUAUUUCCUGAUUCUAGUUGUGCCCGUGCCGCAGCCACUGGAUAAAAUGUUCCAGUUACCACGUUUCUGGACGUAUUUCGCGAGGAUGAUUGGGGAUGAGAGAUUACUUGAGACGGCAGUAGCCGCACAGAUACUUCAAGCUGCACUUGACGUUGGAGGCAUAGAAGCGAAGUUAAUUUGGGGUAAUCAGUGGGUAAAGAUGCUGGAGUUGCUUUACGAGGGCGCAACGACAGGUAUCGGCGGAGUUCCAGGAAAGCUGGUCGGUGGUCAAACCCCUGAGGGAAAGGCUGCACGUGUACGUGUACAACUUCAGAUAGAACGCAUCAUGGAUGCUACGAGCUUGCGAUGA